AUGUUAUGCCAUGUCCAUCUCGCGUUGACACGUGGCACAUGGCAUUGUUGCGGUGUGGAGCAGGAGGGGGGUUUCGACCUGGAUCUGACGUAUGUGACGGACAGCAUCAUUGCCAUGGGCUUCCCUGCGGGCGACCCCAGCUCCGGCCUGCUGGGCUUUGUGGAGGGCCUGUACCGCAACCACAUGGACGAUGUGAUGCGGUUCUUGGAGUCGCGCCACAGCGGGCGCUACAAGGUCUACAACCUCUGCUCCGAACGCCUCUACGACCCUGAUCGCUUCCAUGGCACCGUGGCGUGCUUCCCUUUUGACGAUGGCACGUGCCCGCCCCUCGCCCUCACGCUCGCUCUCUGUGAGAGCGCCAAGGGGUGGCUCGCAGGAGGUGGGAAACGGGGGCCUGGGAGCAGCACAGGGGCAGCUGCAGGUGGGGAGGCCACGCAAGCAGGGCAGGCAGGCAGCGCCGGCAGCAGCAGCAAAAGCAGCGAUGGCAGUAUGGGCAGGGAGGGUGGCAAUGUGGUGGUGGUGCACUGCAAGGCGGGCAUGGGGCGCACAGGCCUUGUCGUGGCAUGCCUGCUGCUCGCUCUCAAGGUGUGCAGCACAGCACAGGAGGCCAUAGCGCUGUUCCGAGAAAAGAGGAGUGUGGAUGGCAAGGCGCUCACCUCGCCCGCCCAACAGCGCCAUGUGGCAUACUAUGAAGCCAUCCUGCGUGCUACCUCUUCCCCAGUGCCCUCACUGCCCCCCCAACGCCCACUGGUGCUGAGGGGCAUUCGCCUGCACCGCUGCCCCUACUGGAUCCGACCAUUCAUCACCAUCUCCUCCCCCUCAGGAGUCCUCUUCUCCUCUCGCACUCAUCCCAGAACGUCCCAUCUGUCGGCGGACCAAGCAUGGCACGCGUCACAGAAGCAGGGAGUGGUGCUGUUUUCCUUGCCGGGGGAGCGCUACAUCUGUGCACUCAAGGACGACUUCUGCAUCACCUUCCGCGACUCCUAUGGGGACUUCUCAUGCUGGCUGCACACCAGCUUCACACAGUCGCACCACAUGCUCAAGACCACGGACCUUGACGGAUUUGACAAGAGGCGCCUGGCAUCACCGGGUUUUGUGGUGGAGCUGUUGCUCAUGGCAGAGGCGGACGUGCCCCCGCCCCGUGCACACAGCACUGCAGGCACACCGCAGAGCGCAGCUCAGAGCGCACAGCUGACUGAACAGCCGAGCGCACAGCUGACUGAACAGCCGAGCGCACAGCUGACUGAACAGCCGAGCGCACAGCCGAGCGCACAGCUGAGCGCACAGCCGAGUGCACAGCAGCAGGCAGAGCAACAUGCAGCAGGCGCAGAGCAGAGCGGCGAGCAAGGAGAAGGGGAGCAGGGAAGAGAGAGCCAGAGCACCGAUGGGGGUGCGAGCCUAGACCAUGGGAGGAAGGGUGCUCCAGGGGAAGGUGCUUUGGGAGAAGGUGGUCAGAGGGGGUUGAAGGAGGGAGGUGCAGCGGAGGCAGGAGAGGGUGACGGUGCUGGUAGCAGAAGGGCGGAUGGGCGGAUAGCAGGGGAUAGCAGUGCGGGGAGUGGUUACUUGGGUGGUGGCGGGGCGGCGAGCGGGGCAGAGGAGGCGGCAGAGGUGAUGGCAGUGGCGGCAGUGGAGGCGCUGGGCAUGCUGGCCAGUGCUGUGAGCUGGUCCGUGAAAGAGGUCACUGGUGCGCUCUCUGAGGCCGGCAGAAAGGCAGACGCCCGCCAUGCUGCUGCCGCCGCCGCUGCUGCUGCUGCUGCUGCCGCUGCUGCUGCUUCUGAGCAGGAGGAGGAGGGUGAGGAGGGUGAGGAGGGUGAGGAGGGUGAGGAGGGUGAGGAGGGUGGGGGCCAGGGAAGCAGCAAGAGGCGGCAAGUGCCAGCGUUCUCAGCGGCAACACCAGGCAGCAUUGCUCCCAGGAGCUCCUUCAAAGAUGCGUUCAGCUACCUAGAGGAGCAUUCCUUAUCACCAUCACCGUCAGCAGCAAAACCCCCUCUGGCACCAUCAUCAACCGACCCAUCCAAUCCCACGUCCACCCCUCCGAGAAGCACCCUUGCCACAUCCUCCUCCCCGUCCCCGCUAUCAGCCUCCUCCGUACCACCAGCAGCAACACCUGACACCAAGGGGCCGGCACCACCAGCAACAGCAGCAGCAGCAGCAGCAGCAGGAGCAGCAGUGGGAGCGAUGCGUAUGGUGGGGAAUGACUCGAUCGAUGCGCUGCCGUCGUUUGAAGCUUCUCCUCCAGUGACAGAGAUGCCCAAGGGCGAGGAGUUCCUCUUUGGCCCUUCCUCCGACUUUGCCCUUGCUGCUGCCAGUGCUGCCGAUGCCUCACUCUUCACGUUUGGGGACGAUGAGGAGGAAUAG